AUGGCUAUGCUUCCACCUCGGAAAACGAAGACCGUGUCAACUGAAAAGAGUUGUAAACAUUCAAUGACGCCCCUUGAAACCCUUUUACAAAUGGGGUUCCCCCAAAAUCGAACAGAAAAAGCAUUAGCAGCUACCGGCAAUAGAGGAGUCCAAUUAGCUGCCGAUUGGCUCUUGGCUCAUGUCAAUGAUACUUCAUUAGAUUCCAGCACUAGUAGAGAGUAUAUAAUCUAUGCCUGUCCAAGUGGAUCAUUUAUGUAUGAGUUAAGGGAAUUUUGGAAUAAAUCAGCUAAUAAGUGUGGACGUAAUGGAGCUCAUAAUUUUUUGCCACAUAUUACUCUAGUAUCAUUUUUUCAGGUACCUGAUGAAUAUGCCAAUACACUAGUAUCUAUACUAAAAAAUGUUUUAGAUGAAGUCAUUAAAGAAAUGACAGUCAAUGACUUUCAUUUAGAAACUUACACUUCAUCAAAUUUUAUGGGUUUUUUUUUAUCUGAUCAAGGAUCAAGCUUUUUAAAAAAAAUUGCAGUACUAUAUGCAGAAAGAAUUACAGAGCUUGUUGGAGUUCAAGUAGAUCCUCAUUUAAAAUCUUUACAUUUAACUCUGGCCUAUCAGUUUGAUGUAAGCCAAAAAGAAACUUUGAAAUCAUUAAUUAAAUCCACAAUAAAUCCAUCAACUCCAUGUUUAUGGGAAUUAAAGUUAUAUUCUAGAGAAGCAUUAGCUGCUUACAAACAGGUAUAUAAGGUUGUGUAUGCACAUGUCCCACAAUCUGCUGAUGAACUAGAACUAAGAAUAGGUGAUUAUAUAUAUGUUUCUAAAGAAAGCAUAGAUAACUCUGUUGAUGGUUGGGCUGAAGGAAUGUCAUGGUUAACUGGAUGUAAUGGUUACUUUCCACUAUGUUACACUGAACGUACUGCUGAAUCUGAUACAUGGACUCUACAUUGUUCAUUACCCUUAGAUGGUAGUUACCAUGAAUCUAUUGAAGUUAAUGAAACAAAUAUGACUGAAGAAAAAUUAGUUGAAAAAUAUGGUACUAGUUUUGUUCCAGCUGAUUACAGACCUCAUUCAGAAUCGCCAAAAGGCCCCAAAUCUCAAAAAAUAUACAUAUGUCGACAUGGAGAAAGAGUAGAUUUCACUUUUGGAACUUGGGUGCCUUAUAGUUUCGAUUCAGAUGGGAAAUAUGUCAGAAAAGAUUUAAACAUGCCCCCAAAUAUUCCUCAACGGCGGGAUUUUCCAAACUCUUACCAAACCGAUACUCCUCUCACUUGUGUUGGUGAAUAUCAAGCUAAAUUAACUGGAUGGGGUAUGAAAGCUGCUCACUCAACCAAAUCAAUUCAACAUGUGUUUUGUUCACCAUCAUUGCGCUGUGUUCAAACUUGCCACAAUAUCUUAGUUGGACUUGAUAUUGAUAAACAAGUUUCGAUUUGUAUUGAACCUGGUAUAUUUGAAUGGCUUGGUUGGUAUAAUCAGUCUGGGCUACCUGAUUGGAUGAGUAAUGAAGAGUUAAUAGCUGCUGAUUUUAAUAUUAAUUCCAAGUAUGAAGCUUUAGUAUCAUUGCCAUUCCUAAUUGAUAAUAUGUCAGAAACAGUUGAACAGUAUUAUAUUAGAUGUGAUGAUGUAAUACAAAAUUUAAUCAAAUCAACUGAACCCAAAGGUGGUGAUAUAUUGCUUGUAGGUCAUGCUUGUUCAUUGGACUCCUUUUCAAGAUCGUUACUUCAUAAAUCUCCACGUAAUAAACAAAAUUUUGUAAAAAUGGUUAAAGAUAUCCCUUAUUGUGGCCUAGUAACUUUAAUGACUGAUGGAAUUAAUGAUUGGACAUUUGUGGAUCCCCCAGUUCCACCCUUAACUAACUCUAUUAAUAAAAGAUUUAAUUGGAAAGUUUUAACCACAGACAUUGAUGUAUCUCCGAAUUAA